UCAAAGUGCAGAGAGGAAAGAAAGCACAGUGCGCCUCUUACAUAACUCCUGCAUGCAUGUGUGUGUGUGUGUGUGUGUGUGUGUGUGUGUGUGUUUCUGUAAGUGUGUGUAUGUAAAGUAAAGCGAAGGCUGUGAUCAGAGGCAACACAAUGCGCAGUCUGAUUUUUCUGUAUUUGUGGAGAUUAUUAUUUCUCACACCUGUGCGCUCUCACCCGCAGUGUUUGGACUUUAAACCUCCGUUUCAGCCUCUGCGGGAGCUGCAGUUCUGCGUCAUGUACAAGAACUUCGGCUGCUGCGACUUCCACAGAGACCAAGAGCUCAUGAAGAAGUUUUACCGCAUCAUGGACAACUUUGAUUAUUACGGCUAUGCGAAUUGCGCCGGGUACGUGCAAGACCUCCUCUGUCAGGAAUGCUCACCAUACGCUGCUCAUCUUUUUGAUGCCGAAGAUCCCAGUACACCCCUUAGAUCUAUUCCAGGACUUUGUCCAGACUACUGCUCUAUGUUUUACUCUAAAUGCCAAUCCACCAUCCCUUUGCUCUCAGACGACCCACAACUUUCACAACUAGAACACGACCGCAACAGACUUUGUCGGUAUCUGGAGCUGGACGAUCCAGAUUACUGCUUCCCUCAUGUCCUGAGCAACGAGGUUUUGAACAAAAACUUGGGCCGUGUCACGUCAGAUACAGAUGGCUGCCUCCAGCUGUGCUUAGAGGAAGUAGCUAACGGACUUAGGAACCCAUUAGCUAUGGUGCACGCCAAUGACGGUACCCACAGGUUCUUUAUCGCAGAGCAAGUCGGCCUCGUUUGGGUGUAUCUCCCGAACAAGUCAAAGUUGGAGACGCCAUUUCUGAACAUUACAAAGAGCGUAUUGACAUCUCCAUGGGAAGGCGAUGAACGAGGAUUCCUGGGUCUCGCUUUCCAUCCCAGGUUUAAGUACAAUGGAAAGCUGUACGUCUACUAUUCUGUAGAGGUGGGCUUUGAUGAGAGGAUCCGAAUCAGCGAGUUUCGGAUCUCUGCUGCAGACAUGAACGUUGUUGACCAUAAUUCUGAAAGAGUUAUAUUAGAGAUCGAUGAACCUGCCUCGAAUCACAACGGAGGUCAGCUGCUCUUCGCUGAUGACGGCUAUUUGUAUAUCUUCACUGGCGACGGAGGCAUGGCAGGCGACCCUUUCGGGACAUUUGGGAAUUCUCAGAACAAGUCUGCUCUGUUGGGUAAGGUCCUCCGCAUCGAUGUGGACGAUAACGAGAAGGGGCCUCUGUACAAAAUCCCCCCUGACAACCCUUUUGUGUACGAGCACGACGCUCGGCCUGAGGUGUUUGCCUACGGUGUGAGGAACAUGUGGAGGUGCUCUGUGGACAGAGGCGACUCUUUCACCAAGGAGGGCAAAGGUCGUAUCUUCUGUGGAGAUGUGGGCCAGAAUAAAUACGAGGAGAUAGAUCUGGUGGAGAAAGGCAGGAACUAUGGCUGGAGAGCAAAAGAAGGCUUCUCUUGUUAUGACAAGAAACUUUGUGCCAACAGCUCUUUAGGAGACGUUCUUCCGAUUUAUGCGUAUCCUCAUAGGAUGGGGAAAUCUGUAACGGGUGGAUAUGUCUACCGAGGCUGUGAAUACCCCAAUUUAAAUGGAAUGUACAUUUUCGGAGACUUUAUGAGUGGCCGCUUGAUGAGUCUAAAAGAGAACCGUAACACACACCGAUGGGACUACAGUGAGAUCUGCAUGGGCCUUGGAAGGACCUGUGCGUUUCCGGGCCUCAUUAACAAUUACUACCAGUAUGUCAUUUCGUUCGGUGAAGAUGAAGCAGGUGAACUUUACUUCUUGUCUACUGAAGUCCCAAGUGCAACGUCACCCACUGGGGUUGUGUAUAAAAUCGUAGAUCCGUCACGACGUGCUCCACCUGGAAAAUGUCAUUACACCCCCCUUCCAGUGCAAGUCAAGAGCAAGCUUAUAACCUUCGAGCCAAAAGAAACAUUAAUUGGCGUUGAAACACCAACAAAGCAAGCACCACUCGCCAAACCAACAGAAUCUCCGCAUGAAACGACGAAAGAUUGGAUUCAGGAGUUGUUGGACAUCCUAAGACUGGAGGAGGAGAAUGUCUUUGAGCAGACCACACCAUUUCUGACUACACCUGCCACCACCACCACUAUGGCCACUCGUAAACAUUCCCGUAAAGGCAGAAGGAAAAAGGUUAAGAAGCCUGAAAAUGGUGCUGUGAGACUGAUGGGAGAUGAACAAAGCCGGAAAGAUCGUGGCAGAGUGGAAAUCUACGCCAACGGGGAAUGGGGGACCGUCUGUGAUGACCUCUGGAGUAGCCAAAAUGCCGCAGUGGUGUGUAGACAGCUAGGAUUCGGCUACGUCCUCAAAGCAUCCAAAAAUGCCGAGUUUGGGGAAGGAAAACAUUUGAGAAUCCUUCUGGAUGACGUGCAGUGCGAGGGAACCGAGGACACGCUUCUGAACUGCCAGCAUUCUGGAGUAGGCAAACAUAACUGCGGUCAUCAUGAGGACGCUGGUGUCAUAUGCAGCAACUCAGAACAAGUUGAAUAUUAGCAUUCAGGAAGGCCUCUGUGUGUAAUACAGAUGGAGAAAAAGAGACAUGAACCAUGAAAAACGUAGCACUUAGGUCUACCUCAUCAACAGAAAUUAAGAGAAAUAUCACCAUAAUUAAUAUCACCACAUCGGCAUUAAUGAAUGUGUGACUUGGUUGGAUCAUGUUUAAUGAAGAAUUUUUGUGAACAUGUGGGUUUUGUAUUGUAUUUAAAAAUAAAGUAAUUAUAUGAAUUAA